AUGCUUGUCUCAACUGUUCUCCUCGCCCUCUACUCAGCAGCCUGCGCAGCUGCUACGCCGACCUCCGCCCAAGAACCCGAGAAGGAGUUCAGCUUCUGGCUCGGCGGCCCCAUCCUUGAGAAAUGUCUCGCCGAGGGAAACUGCGAGGACCGUCUCCUCGACAACCCCUACUACGUCGAAGCCAACAAGACCAACCAUGAGAAGCGAUACAGCUGCCAUGGCUCCGGCAUGCACACCGUUGUCACCAGCGGAAAGAACUUUGUCAAGUUCGGCUCUUUCAACCCCUACGACUUGUUCCACCACGUGUAUGACUUGUGCCACGAAGGUGGAUGUGAUGCUGGUAGCAAUUGGGCCAGGAGCACAAAGUACGUCACUGCCACGGGUAUCUACUCAAAAGAUAUCACAGUCAGUGCACAGGGCGUGUACUCGGGCUGGGAUAUGCGAAAUGCUCUUGCUACUUCUCUCGCCGAUGCUUCUGGACGCAACCAGGUUUGGGCAGAAGAAGUGGCCUGCCCGAGUGGAGGAAGAGCCUGUUCACUUGUCAAGGCUUGGCAGGGCUGGGCCCCAAACUUUCAUCAGUCUGCUAUCUUCAAUAACUGCAACCAAUAUGGCUGGAUGAACGCCAGGACUGAUGGUCUUACUGGAAUUACGUCGGGUGGAGAUUGCAAGUCUAUUGUCGAGAAACUUGGAGCUAUUGUUGGAGAGGCGGUACCUUAUGGAGCAGGUACUAUUCCACUUCUUGGUGCGCUUUGUGCUUAA